AUGAAAAAACUUCAAUCAUCGGGCGAGAAGCUCUCCUCACGAGAGCAACAACAACCUUCCUUUGAUGAAGAUGAAGAUGAUAAUAAUUACAUGGUCAAUCAUCCUUUCUAUUCACGAGAUUUGCAAUCUGCCAAUUCAACUCAAAAAAACAGACCUGGAUCCUCCUCCAAAACUUCUCGGCCUGUUGGAGCCUCUUCAAGCAUCAGCAACACUGUGUCCUCAUCCUCCUCUCGGAAAUAUGAUCAUCAUAGAAAUUCAAUUGAUAUGGGUAGUAGUAGCAAACCAACACAAUCUUCUUCAACCAUGGAACACAAUCUCUCACAUUAUAACAGCUUAAAAUUACGACAAAAACAACUUAACGAAUACAAAGUCAACAGCGACAUUCUUCCCGAUGUAACACAUUUAAAUAUACUCUUGAUUGGUGAAAAAGGAGCAGGAAAGAGUUCACUCAUUAGCACUUUUCAUCGAUCGUUAUUCGAAAAUUAUGGAGAUCCACCUAUCGCUGCAAUUGGUGAAAAUAGAGCCUCUGCUUUUACAAAGAAAAAGAAAGGCUAUGCUGUAAAUAUUCCAGAAUCAAUAUAUGCUCACGAUACAAGAGGUCUUGAAACAUUUCUGAAAUUAGAAUUAGAGCAAGUGAAGGCAAUGAGAGAUGGCAGAGCUGGUGAUGAUGUAGAAGUGAAACAGAAAUCAAGUUGGUCUUUGUGGGAUUAUUUAUUUUCAUUAUUGAGUAGAAAUCCAGCCGCGAUCUUAGAUCCAGACUGUCUUGUAAAUAACACGACGGUGCAAGACAUACCGCAUGCAGUGAUAUUUGUUGUACCAGCCAAUCAAAGAAAUGUUCCAAGUGAAUUGGAAGAUUUUGUUAAUUUAUUCUUAGAAUAUGGAUACAAGCCUUUAUUUGCUGUCACUAAAAUUGAUGCACAUGGAAGUGGAGAUUUAUAUGCUGCCACUCAUUUGUAUGACACUAAGAAAACUCAACUUGUACAAAUGUUUGAAUUGGAAUAUCAGGAUGUUCAUGCCAUUCAAAAUUAUACCGAAUGGAAUCAAAAGAAUGUGAGUAUUGAAAGUAUGGCUCUUGAUUUGCUUCAAAAAGCGGUCACAAGAGCAGAGAGUUUUAUAAUCCAACAUAUGGAAAAUGAAAAGAACAAACAAUCCUCCAAUUUUAUAUCCAAAUGUAUCAUUUCAUAA